AUGAUCCUGAUCGCCGCUCUGAUGCCCUGCAGCUGGGCGAUGAUCGACCGCACCUACUACACCCGCCUCGGCCUCAACGUCACCGCCACCUAGGCCCAGAUCCGGGAUGCCUACCGGGCCAUGUCCAAGAAGUACCACCCCGACCGUGUCAAGGCUGAGCAACGCGAGGCUGCGCAGACCGCCUACCAGGAAAUCAACGUGGCCUACGAGGCGCUUAACUACGCGCAGUUCAUCCAGUCGAUCACCAAGGACCCGCCUAUCCGUAUCAGGCACAACGUUGCUCUCAAGGACAAGUUUGCGGAGAAGAAGCUGACCUUCUCGGCCCGGAAGAACAGUGCCUGUCCACACUGCGAUGGCACAGGGGCCUUCUCACCCGGUCAUAUGGGUGAUUGCAGGGAGUGCAAGGGUAAGGGCUUUGUGGAACGAAAACAGAUGUUCCAAGGUGGCUACUACAACGUGAUCCGUGACCUCUGCCCACGCUGCAAGGGCAAAGGCAAGUCCCCGACCAAGCCCUGCUCCCACUGCAAGGGCACUAGGCUGGCCACCACCGACAAGUAUUAUACCAUCGAUCUCAAGCGAAGCAUGCCCGCCACUUUCGAGAUGGUGAUCCCGAACCUCGGGGACGAACGGGCCCAGGGUGUGCCUGCCGAUGCAAUUGUGACGUUCUCGGAACUGCCCGACAAGGACUUCCGCAGGGAGGGAGAGAAGGAUCUCCUGCUGCACAUGGAUGGACGGGCCAUCGCGAUCGAGAAGGACGGGGUCAGCCAGCCAGACGAGAUAUUCAGGGUGAGAGGAGAGGGCAUGGUUGAUGACCAUGACUCGGGGGAUCUUCUGGUCAAGCUCAAGGUCAGGCUGCCCCCGCUGUCCCCGCAGAAGGCCGAGUAA